GAGCUGUGAAUGGGUUAGGGAUCAUUAGACAGCUAGAAUCAAGAAUAACAGAUAAAACUACCGCGCUAAGAGGUCACUGGUCUUCACUGUUUAAGAUCAGAUUGGUAAGCAUAAAAUUCAAAUUUUACUAUACAAAUGUUAAUAAUAAGAGUUUUUUCUCUCUACAAUUUUAUAAUAGCAAAGUUAAAGAAAAAAAAAAAAAAAAAAAAAAAAACUUCCGGACAUGAGUGUUGCCAAGUUGACUAGGGCAUUGGGUUCUGUCUUUGCAAUUAAAUUUAAAUCCGUCUAUGUAUAGUUUAAGCGAACGAGGAGUUGGUAAAGAUUGUUCUCUUUACUAGCACAAGGCUUAGGUUCUAGGUUCGAGUCUCACUAUCGAUAAUCUCUCUUGGCGACUGAUUUGUAAAAACCAAUAAAGAGGUUAAGACCCCCUCUAUAAUUCCACAAAGAGGCUUGUGGUAUAUGCCCUGACCUUGGAAUGAGAUAGCCUUCCCUCCUUCAAAACUUUUUCUUACCAAAAAAAAAAAAAAAAAAAAAAAUUAAAUCCCUGAGAAAGUCAUGCAUUGAUCACAAAGAAGGCAAAUUGUAUAGAACAAAAGUGCUUAGUAAUCGAUCAUUAAACUCAUUAUUUAAAUGACAUGUCACUUAAAUUUUUUGGAAAGCCUUUAAAUCCUCAUACUCCCCCAACAGUUACUAUGUUCUGACAGGAAUGCAACUUCGCGGAAUUGUCUUGCAAAAUUGGAGUAAUUUGGCUCUGUAGAAAAUUUUGAAAUUUCGACACAAUGAUUCUAGCCUCUUAGGUCCCAUUUGGGUUUUUCUUUACACCAAAAACUACUACUUCAAAGUUAAGCAAUAAAAAGAUGUUUGGUAAAAACAAAACAUCCCGCUUAGUUUUAAAACAACUACCUUCAGACAGCAGCUUUUAAAAGCAACAUUCAAAAAAGACAAAUUUGAGUUUGUACAUGCAUCAGCUUGCUAGUAUUAGAAGACACGGCAAGAAUCUUAUAGAGUUGCUAUAUGCAAGUGGAAAAACUAGUUAUAUAGAGUGAGUGAGUAGCUGCAUAAUUGUUUGACCAAGACAACUUGAGGAACCAAGAGGACGGCAAUGAAAGGAGAAGGCUUGUGGAGCAAGUGUAGGUACGGAGAAGCAUGAUGCCAAUCAGAGUCUCUUCAGAGGCAGUCUCCAAGAACACGAUGGAGUUCUUCUUAAUUGCUGCUUCCAUUGCUUCUAGCUGGUAACUGCAAACAAUGACAAAAUAUAACAGCUUGACAAACCCAACCCUUCAUAAUUGUUAUAAUUUUAGCAACCAAAUAAUCAAGGAGAUAAACGGGGAGUGAGAGUAGCAACCACAAUCUGCUUGUGAAGUGAAUGAAAUUGUAUUUUGUAAUCUUUUUGGUUUUGUCAGCAACCAAACAAUGAAAUUAUUUGAAAGGAGGAAUGUCUCUAACCAAAUAACAUACAUUUAAAAAGAGUAAAAGAAGGAAAAACAAGACAAUACCUUCAGGCAAAUCGGAGAGGAUCAAAGUCAGCAGAUAGUUGGGCUCCGUCAAUCUCCAUGGCAGCCGGUUUUGCAUCAGCUUCUCCACUAUUGGCAUCACCAUCAUACUCUUACAAUUAUUGUUUCCAUACCAUCACCAUCAACGGCUCCACAAUUACCACCACUGCUAUUACCGCCACCAUUGCCAUCGCCAUCGCCACCACUGUCGACGCCAGCACCUAUGAUUGCAACCACCAACAUUAUCCCACUGUCUUUGCCAUCGCCAACAACAAUGCAAUUGCCACCAUCACCACUGCAACCACUGUUGCCUCUACACCCCAACCACCACACCUUAUUAUUGGUACCACCAUAACCCACCCACCCAGGCGCUGCCAUCACUGCCACCACCCUGCCACUGUUGUUGUUGUCAUCACGCCCAUUACUACGUGUAUUUUUGUCAUACAAUCACUUCUACAUUGAAAUUUUUCAAACACUUUUAUGCUUUUUUAUACUCACAACAGUUUUGAAAAUAUAGUUUAUCAAAUGCUCAACCCUUUUAUUUUACAACUAGUUAUUCUUUAAGCGCAACAUAAGCGGUUUUAGAAGAAAAAAACAUCAAUCCCAAAAACUGACCCUUAGUUCUGUUCUCUAAUUGGCCUUGCGUCAAAAAGCCUCCAAAAAAAAAUUUCAUCAUUAAAGGCUUCCUUGUACAUAUUAGCUGAAAUUAAAAAUAAAAUAAAAUAAAGCUCUUUUAAAACCAAUUAUUUAACAAAAUCUGGGGUGAAAAUGAUGUAAAAUAAUAAGAUAGAAUGCACUUAUUACUAAUGACAUUAAUCCUAUUCGAUUCUCAGCGGGGAUUUGGAUCCCAUCCGGAUCCAAAUUAUAGGGAUCCUCACAUCUUAACCAUUUAUUGUACAUCUUACAGUCAUAAAUCAUUUGAAUUUUAUUAUUUAAAAUUAAACACAAAUAGUAAUUAAAAAAUAAUAAUCAUACGAUGUAUGAUGAACGGUUAGGAUGUGAAAAUCUCUAGGAUUCCCACAAAAAGGAUCCGGAGAAGAUCCUCAUCCUCCAAGGGGUACUAAAGGUUAAAGUAAAAGCGUACAAAUACGAAUACAAAACAUACCUUUUAAGCGUGAUGGGUUCCUAAAAUGUAUUCUGAAAUUGACUGAAUUUGUGGUGGUUUUCAUAUUUAGUAAUUGUUAACAACAUGAGAUAAAGAGAUAAUGGUACACCUAAUCUCAUAACCAGAUACCACAAUUAUAGAGACCGAUAUAUUUUUCUUUGCCUGACCUCUUCCUAAUUCAGAAAAAGUAAUUUUCACAUAUCACGUAUUUCCUCUUAAGCACAUUUAUUUAUUUUUGGCUUUCAUAUUACAGCAGUUAAAAGAAAAUUAAUGAAAAAAAAAUAAGCAGAUAUAUAUCAAAAAAGAAAAGGUGCGAGAAAAUCAUUUUCCCAAAUUAAUUUAUGCUUGUCAUGGUAAGCAAUGCAUCUCUAUACAUAUAAUAUCCCACAUAUUUGUCUUCAGUUGUCCCUUUCUCUCCUCCUCAAAACUAUAGUCUAUUGAAAACUUGUUAUGGCAUAGCAAUGAAGGCUCGGGUGACUUUAAUUAGCAUUCCUCCAUUUGGCUUUCAUCCAAGCAACUUGAACCAGUCCACAGCUACAACACCAACCCCACCCCCAGCCUCUCACCUCCUUCAAGUUUCAACAAACACCCAGGUCCAUCUGUUAAGAGUGUUCACCUGUGUACGUUCAAAGUUCGAUUUUCUCCCUCCUCCAUAUCACUUGUGUCAAAAAUAAGCUUGCAUUGCAUUCAUUAUUUGAUGAUCGUAAAGUUCUAUGUUUGUUAAAUUGCAAUUGUACAUAUGAAAAUAAUUAACUAGAAAAUACUAGACAGACAAAAUUGCUUUGGUUUAUACAUAAUAGUAUGCUAUAUCUUACGCAAGAACAUUAAUAAGUAUGGCUCUUGUAGAAUGUAAAUUUGUACGUUAUGUAAAUAAAGACUGUACUUCACCUUCAUAUAUACUCGAGAUCAGAUCGGAAUUAAAAAUUUGGUGAUGCUAACGGCCAUAAUUAAGGUACUUAUAAUUACUUCCCUUCAAAUAGUACUCAUGUUAAAGACUUUGAAUCUGAAUUACACAUUAAAUAAAAGUAUUUUUGUUUACAAUGUAACAUACUAAAUUGCACGUCCGGGACAUGCAUGUUAUGUGCAUCUUUAUAGGGUUGGAGACAAUGGGCGGAAAGAACAGAGCAUGGCAAGACGGUAUUAAAGAUUAAAGUGAAGGAUGCAAAUAUGUGCACUACAACAUUGGUUAGACUGAAUGUGCUCUUCUAUGCAUUCGAGUUGGAAUCCCCCUUUUGUAAUUUAAAAAGAAGAAAAAAAACAAUAUAAUACCACUGUUUUAAGAAAAUAAAAAGAUAGAUUAUUGUUAUUUUUUACAAAUGCUAGAUAUAAUCUUUUCUAAACUCAACUAAAUAUAAGAAGAAAGAUAGUUUGAACUUGGAACACGAUGAGUUAAAGAGGAAUGUCCUAUCUCAUCAAGACAAUCUAUCACUUUCCAAAACAAAAGAUAAAAACAAAGAAUAUAAAAAUAUAGACCUCUUAAAAAUGGAGGGUAUCUACAAUAAAUUCUAGAAAUGACUGUUCGCAGGGCUUUUCAUACCUAGUAAUAGAAUUUCUUGACAACAUGACAAAGAGAUAAUGGUGUACACACUUAACCUAAUGUCAACAUCAAAUAUCACAACCAUAGAGAUAAAGUUUCUGACUGUAAUCCACCCUUAGUUAAGCAAGUGAAAAAGACUUGCACAUGAACGACCGACGGUAGCAUUCGUAUACCCUAUAUAAUGAUAUCUCCCCUCUCUCUUAUUCAGACUAUAUUUUUUAUUGAAAUAAUUAAGUUGAAGGUUAUGUCAAUAACAAUGAAGGCAGCAGUGACUUUAGUGCUUAUCUUCACCUUCAUGCAAGCCACUUCAACCAUUAAUGUACAACCCCAACUCCUCCCAUCCACUCAGAAUGUAGGUAACUGUUCUUACGUGGUGAAGAUAAAGACUAGCUGUACUUCGGCCCAUUACACACUAAAUCAGAUUAAUAUCACGUUUGGUGAUACUUUGAAUAAGGUGUAUUCAGGUAGAAUUGAUGAUCCACAAAAAGGCAGAUUCCGACGGUGUCGUAUGGAUACAUUUGGUCAUAUUUUCGGGCCAUGCACGUACCCUUGUUGUAUGUUAUUCUACAGGACGGGAUACGAUGGGUGGAAAGUAGAUACAGCGACAAUUUUCGUUGAUGCUAAAUCUGUCACAUUUUUUUUCAACUCGAUGUAUAUCCCACAAGGUGUUUGGUAUGGGCUUAAUAAUUGUAUUGGCGCUGAUGCGGCAUCAUCCCCUGAAAACACACAGAAAAAGAUAUAGGAGCUCGUCUUCUUGUUCUGACCACAACUCUCUGGUUUCUAAUAAAAGUGGUACUAGUGCUUUAGUA